AUGAGAGAGAAUUUCCAUAUAAAAAUAAGAGCUGAGUAAAGAUAGAAAGAAUUUGCAAAAAGAAGAAUUAUCAAAUUAUAAGCUACUCCAUAAUACUUUAGAUAAGCAGUUCUAGAUAAUCCAAUUAGUGAAUUGUUAAAAGAAAUUGAUUAACCAGAUUAUUUGUAGUUCAUUUCUUUUUUAAGUUCAGUUGAAGAUUAUUAAUGCAAUAAAUAUAUGGCAGAUUAAGGGGUUUUAAAAGUUGUAAUCGAAAAUACUAUUAACCUUAUGAAGAAUUAUAAAUAGAGUUCAACUUAAGAAGCUAGUUUAAAUUAUGUAAUUAUAAUUUAAGUAAAAAUUUAGUUACUUUCUAUAAUUGGAAAUUUAAUUGAUUUUAUACAAUUUCCAAAUGAUAAAAUAAGAUAUAUAAUAUAAAGAGCAAUUGAAAUCAGUAAUUAUUCCUUAACAGAAUUUAAACUUACACUUAUUUGGUUGAUUGAUGAAUAUCUUAAAAAGGAAUAAUUGUAAGAAGAAUUUUUAUUUUGUGUCACAAAUUUUUUAUUUAACAAUAUGGGUAGAAGAGAUAUUACAUCUGCUAUCUUUGAUACAAUUUUAAAUUUAUAAUGUAGUUAACCAGUUUAUUUAUCAAAGGAAAAUUUAGAUGAAUUAAUAAAGCAUAUUGGAGAUGAAGAUGGUUAAACCGUUUAAAAAAGUCUAUUCAUAUUAGUCAAUUAUUUAGAGAUAAUGAAGAAAAUAGAAUUAGAUGAAGAAGUUAUAAUAUUAUUAAAUGAACUUUUUAAAAAUAAGGACUACUUAGCUUUAUUAAGACUAUGUAAUAUAUUAUAUCCAAGAAUAUAACUUGAACCAAAGUUAAUUCUAUAACGAAUGGAAAUGUGUGCAUUUGGACUUAAAUUACAGGAAUAUUUCACUUUAAUUAAUAAGUUAAUAAUAGAUAAAAUAUUAUCACCUUCUUAAUACUUGAAAUCUUUGUAAAAUAUAGAAAUGGAGAAUUAGUGUGA